CGCGAUGUAUUCCCUUAUCGAUACUCUGUGACCGGGCUCCCACCGAUUGGUCUGUGUCCCGCCAACAUCCCUACGUGUGGACGGGAAGUCGGAGGAUAACUGUGGGAGUACCUAAUGUACCUGCCCGCGUUCUGUGGGCAGGCGUGUACCUACGUAGGGUACCCGAUGCACCCCACCACGCCGCCCACCACCGUAGAUUUAUACCUACCUGCGGUGACGUUUUCAGGCCCUCAAAGAGGUAAAUAAUGCAUUUGGUACAUCCCUACCCACAACAGUCCCGAUUCCGUCGCAAUAUUAUCGUGGUUAUUACUCAAGCUGCGUCCGACCUCGAGAUCGCAUGCUUCGAGGGAAAUCGAGAUGGAAUUGGCAUUCCACGGCGAACGAACGUCUGCCCCAACUCGACGCACCAACCUCACAACCCCUUCGCCGAGACCCGCGCGCCCGGCGGUAACCAGUACAAUUCGAAGAUGGCCUUGCUGAAGCCUAUUCCUCCUCUAUACACCGUGUACAUAUUACGUUCAACCGUCCGCAACAGCUCGCUCUAUAUCGGAUCCACGCCCAAUCCGCCUCGCCGGCUGAAGCAGCACAAUGGCGACGUCCCAGGCGGCGCGGCGCGUACAUCGCGAACCAAGCUGAGACCGUGGGAGAUGGUUGGCCUCGUCUCCGGGUUUCCUGGGAUGGUGGCUGCCUUGAAAUUCGAAUGGGCCCUCAACAACUCUCACAUAUCCUCGCACAUCCCGUCUUCGUCCCGGAUCACGGUCUGGACCUCGAGGAAGCGGAACGGCAUGCCUAAGCGCCCGAGGCACAACUUGGCCUUGAUCGUCUCCAACAUCCACCUCCUCCUGCGCGUCCCCAGCUUCUCGCGGUGGCCGCUGAGCGUGCAUUUUUUCGCCCGUGACGCGCACGCGACGUGGAAGGAGUGGUGCAGCGCCGCGGACGAACCCCUCCGGAAAACGAUCCGCGUUAUGACGGAUUUCGGCCCCCCGCGCCGGCGUGCGAAGAGGUCGAGAAGCCCCGACCCCGGCGACGGGGAGUCGGAGCCGCUUUGGGGCAUCCACGCCCUACCACUGGAUUACGCCCCGAUGAAGGAUUACGUAGCGAAGACCCAAUCGCUGUACGACUUCGAGCGGGAGGGGGACUGCGUGGUGUGCGGAGAGCACCUCGAGCCCGGCGGCGGCCUGUAUGCGACGUGCCCAAAUGCCGGCUGCGAGGGUACGGGCCACGUAACCUGCUGGAGCAGGCACAUGCUCGGGAGGGAGGCCGAGAAGCAGAUCCUCCCCAUAUCCGGCCACUGCCCCGAAUGCAAGGGGCCAGUCGUAUGGGGCGAUCUCAUGAGGGAGAUGAGCCUCAGGAUACGGGACCCCAAGGAGAUUGAUAAGCUCCUCCGCAAGAAGCCGAGGAAAAAGCGAGCGACGCGGGCCGAGUCUACGACCUAAGCCUGCGCUAUUUAGGAAUGCGGGAAUGCCUACCGGGAAACAGUGCAGUCACCGUGCAGGACCGCGCACGACAGCGUAGCGCUCUCACGCCGCAGUUGGAUACUACCUCAGCAUCGCGAGUAGUGGGUGACAUUAGGUAGCGAGACGUCGAUGAUAGUCGACCGGAUCAAGCUCAGGUUAGGGCGAGCUAGUUCCCUGUGCUACGUACGUGAUAUUUUCUAGGGAUACGAGUGUAUAGACAACGUUUCUCCUUCGGCUUAC